AUGGGUAGCCGUAUUUCCCACUUCGAGAGAAGAUGGCGGCAUUUUAAUGAAAAUAUGGUAAGUUUGGACGUAUAUUCUCGUUAUGUUUCUUUGAUAUUUAUUCGUUUAAUUAAACUUCUAAUAAAGUUUAAUAGUUAUAGUGUUCAUUAUUGUGUUUUGUUUAUUGUGUUUGGCGAAAGAGAGUAUAAAAAAUCGUGUACAUGUGCAUAAAAAAUCGUGUACAUGUACAUAAAAAAUCGUGUUGCUAUGUUGAGUUGAUGGAGGACAUUUUUUAUUCCAAUUGUGCUGAAAUAGUUAUAAGAAUAUGUGUUGAAAGACUUAGACUGAACGCGCCCCAAUGCACCCCACAUUUUGACAGUGAAUUUUUAUCCAAAAUUUAUUGAAUUUUAUUAUUUUUAUAGGAAGUUGUAUCAGUAGCAGAAAAGAGAUUGUGUGUUCCAGAAGGCAAUACCCCGGGAAAACCGCCUGCCAAAGUCCGCACACAGACAGAAUCAGAAGCUUCUCGUAAGAGAUGUUUGUUUGGGAAAGAUAAUAUCAGUUCAGAAAAGUCAAAAUGGACAACUUCCGAAGAUUCUGCUAUUGUCCAGUAUAUAUGUCUUUACUGGGAAGAUGCCAAUAAAAACAAAUGGCCAACAAUGAAAAACCCUCAUUUUUGGGAUGGUUGUGCACAAGCUGUAAUGAACAUAUGCAAAACAACGAGAACUGGUAAGAGCAAGUAUUUCUGUUAUGUAAGUGAAUAAUGACAAGGGUGUACAUGCCAAACAGUUCAAUGCUCAUUGCAUAAUUGUUCUUAAUAGUGGUAGUAAAGAUGCAAAUGAGUCAGCCCACCAAGCAGGAUGAAAUGUUCUGAAGUUUAUCACAAGUCAUAUUUAUCCUCUUAAUGACCUGUUUCUGUAAUAAUUCCAUAUGAUUCUACUACAAAGUGUGACUUUAUCAAAAUGUUUUGCCUCAAUAGGUGGAGCAUGUCGUUCAAGAGUGAGCAAGUAUUUGGCAAAACACCAUCCCAUCCUUACAGAAGCAGAAGAUGCUCUUGGAAUAGACUAUGUGCUUGAAACUUCAAAUGAUACCAACUUUGUAGACCAUAUCUCUUCCACUCCUAAGCAAUUUCCACAAACAAAUGUUGAAGAGCCAUUGUCCCCCAUAUUCAGCUGUUCACCACAAAAGAAAGCAUCCAUAUCGAAUAUUGGGGAUUUGGUUAAAAACCUAGUUCUUGCAUUCCAAAAUACGAUGACAAAACGGUUAAAGAUGCAAUUACUAAGAUAUCUGUACAAACAAAUAGUCAUUGAAUCAGGUGGAACUGAAUUGGCCACAUUCGUUUGA